CAAGGGCCUGGAGAGGAGGCCUUUAAACUCUACGCCCAAUGCACGAGCUGUCGAAUCUACAUGCCCGAUCAGAACGCCUUUAUACAGCAUGUGUUGCUGCAUUACCCCGCUCAAUUCAGGAUUUUGGGUAGUAAGAGAGAAGCCCCACCAAGCCCGAAAAUCCAAAAACCUGCUGUUGUCAAGCCGAAAAACCCGGAAGUUGAAAGCGCCGAUCCGAAAAAGCAUUCGAUGUUGAGAAGCUUACUAGGAGCUUCAACACCUCAAACCACCGCAACCCAGAGCCCUCGACUCCAUGGCAACUUGACCCCAAAAUCGGAAGCGAGCAACUCCCCAAAAGCCAAGCCGGCGUGUGGAAUUUGCGGAGAAAUCUUCCCAAAUGGGGAUGUUUUGCUGGCCCACAACCGGGAAUGUACACCUAUGAGAAAGCUCCUUUCCAUCAGCAAUGCCGUGGUGGUAGAAGCCGCAAAAAGCUUACACCAAGCCCAGCAGGUUUCGAUUCUAGACCAGAAAAACCGUCUUCCCCACGCGCUACGUUCCGCAAACUUCAACAGCGCCAAGGAACUCUCCACCCUCCUCCAGGCCUACAAUUUAACUAGAACGGCCAUGAAUAGAAAU